GAAAAUAACAAUUACACUUAAUGGUAUCAGUUUUCAUUAAACGUCCUCAGCAUUUAUUGAUCGUUUUUGGUUCAGAUUUGAUUCGGUUUCAUAUGUGAUUAUUUUGUCUUUUUUAUAUAACUAAUUCCGAAGGAAUUGCGUGCAGAGGCUUUCCAACUCAUUCUCAGAAUUAUUAAGACCGUCGUUGUUAUUGAUGUGUUGCUGAUCGCUAUCACCGGGGUAACGUGGGACAAGCUUGCAUCAUUGCAUUUUUUGGUUCACAUGAGUUUACGAAUGUUUUUUGUGUUCGUGCACUGGGAAUUCUAAGUGAACUCAUGUGUCUUUCCACGUGGGACUUACAGGAUAACCUAAGCAGAAGAAAUUGUUUUUAUUCCGGAAUUGUGUUUCAAACAACAGCUGUGCUUCUUGCACUCAAUAUUCAUUUACUGUACCUCGGAUUGCUGAACUUAAGCUCAUGCGAAGCAUAAAGGGAAAUAAUGUUAGACGUAUGGAGUGACCGUCACAUAAAAAAAAUACUGAGGUCUCAGUAGGGUGUCACCUAGCAGAGAGAAGAUUCAGUCACGUUGCAGAAUGCUAUUUAUUGGUUAAAUAAAAACUACAUCAGUGUGUUGAGUAUUAAUGCACAGCACCAUUGAACUCCAAUAUGUAAGAACGGUGGCAUUUCACGGAUUUAAGUGUUCUGAAUUGAUUUCAUUGCAUUAGCUCGUUGUUUUUAUUUUACAUUAACAAAAGGAGGCAGACGAAUGAAUCACUAAAGCGGAGCGCUAGCUUGCUGUUUUUCUUUCUCGCUGCAACAGCUGCGGUUUACAUGUUGACAGGGGUUUUUGUUAUUUCUGCUAUCCACAUGGGCACCGUCUCGUCCACGCUCGCCAGAAGGAAAACUGCUACAGUUUUUGUCAAAGAUUCCAAAAGAAGUCCUUCAUGCAGAACAAGCUCAAGAACCGUCAACGAUGGCCAACACGCUGUCAUUAAAAAUUCAGGCCAACGGGUAAGCCAGGAAGUCCAAAGGACCGCUGUCAUCGGAGAGGAAGAUGAGCCAGUCCAUUCGGUAUCUACCACGCAGCACACAGUGAAACAAAGGAAGAAAAAUGCCCAAAGAAGUAAGAGCUGUAAGAUGGGAAAUCGUAUACCUUUGCAGAGUCUCAAGGAGAGUGCCAGUUUCAAUGAUUCAAAUGUCAGGACAUUUACCAUGGAUUCUCCUGUCAGCGACACAGAUGAUUUGGAAAACAACUCCUUAAAGUACGUGAAAUCUGAACAAACAGAGAAAAUGUGGAUGCGACUCAGAGGAAUGCAGAAAUACAAAAACACCUCCCAAAGAUUAAGAUGCCUGGUGAAGCAGCUGGAGAAGGGUGAGGUGAAUGUCUUGGACCUCAAAAAAAAUAUUGAAUAUGCAGCAUCAGUUCUAGAAGCUGUGUACAUUGAUGAAACCAGACGGUUGUUGGACACCGAAGAUGAGCUCAGUGACAUCCAGUCAGACUCGGUCCCUUCUGAGGUCAGGGACUGGCUGGCCUCCACCUUCACCAGGAAGAUGGGAGUGGUGCGGAGGAGACCAGAGGAGAAGCCUCGGUUUCGCAGUAUAGUCCAUGCUGUGCAAGCUGGCAUUUUUGUGGAAAGAAUGUAUCGAAGGACUUCUAACAUGGCUGGGCUAACGUACCCUCCAGCUGUAAUUGGUGCUCUGAAGGAUGUUGACAAAUGGUCCUUUGAUGUCUUUGCUCUCCAUGAAGCCAGUGGAGAACAUGCUUUAAAGUUCCUGGUGUAUGAACUGCUCACAAGAUAUGACCUUAUCAAUCGCUUCAGGAUACCAGUCUCUUCACUUGUUUCUUUUGUUGAAGCGCUGGAAGUUGGCUACAGCAAGUACAAAAACCCUUACCACAAUCUAAUUCACGCAGCUGAUGUCACCCAGACAGCACAUUAUUUAAUGCUUCACACUGGCCUAAUGCACUGGCUCACAGAACUGGAAAUUUUAGCCAUGGUUUUUGCUGCUGCCAUUCAUGAUUUCGAACACACUGGGACCACUAACAACUUCCAUAUUCAAACCAGGUCGGAAGUGGCUAUUUUAUACAAUGACCGGUCAGUCCUUGAAAAUCAUCAUGUAAGUGCAGCAUACAGACUUAUGCAAGAGGAUGAAAUGAACAUCCUGGUAAACCUGUCAAAAGAUGAUUGGCGGGAGCUCCGUACCUUGGUAAUUGAAAUGGUUUUGUGUACAGACAUGUCUUGCCAUUUCCAGCAGAUUAAAACCAUGAAAAAUGUCCUUCAGCAACCUGAGGGGAUAGACAAAGGUAAAGCCAUGUCCCUAAUGCUGCAUGCAGCAGAUAUCAGCCACCCUGCAAAGUCUUGGAAACUCCAUUACCGAUGGACAAAGGCUCUGAUGGAAGAAUUUUUUAGACAGGGUGAUAAAGAGGCUGACCUUGGGCUGCCAUUCUCCCCACUGUGUGAUCGGAAGGCCACCAUGAUCGCUCAGUCACAGAUAGGGUUCAUUGAUUACAUUGUGGAACCAACAUUCUCUGUUUUAAUUGAUGCAACAGAGAAGAUUAUAACUCCUCUUAUAGAGGAAGCUUUAAAGCCAGGGAGUUCUGGUGUAAGAAGAUCCAGUUUAACCAGUGGAGGAUCAGGGACAGUUGUGGAGUCUGUACAGAGACACAGCGCAGCUGAUCAAGGGUCUUCUACCGACUACUCCCUGGCCAAAACUGACUUAAAACAUUUCCGACACAAUCUGGCAGAUGUAAUUCAACAGAACAAGGAGAAAUGGAAAGAGCUUGCAGUACAAGAAGAAAGGGAAAGAAAAGCUGGGGAAUAUUCCUGCAAGGACCACAAGCAAAAGGACAAAAGAAGCGAAGUCACAGAAAUCACAGAAGUCAGAUUAACACGGACAAGUUUUGAAAGUGGAAGUGAAUCCGGGUCUGAGCUGAAGUCCUCCAAUGAACUGAACAAUACAAACUCGUCCAAUAACUCUUCCCAAAACUCCUUAAAUCAGGACUCUGAAUCUCAGCCAGCUCCAGUGGAAGCUGGCUCUUCAGUUCCCAGUACCGGCGGCUGGAAUCAUAAGACUGACAGGCUCCCAUGGAAUGGAGAGAAACAGUCUGCAGCUGUGGAGGACGAAGCUCAAAAUCCUUAAAUCAGACAGUUGCAACUUUGCUUUCCUUUUUUUCCAGUCUUGUAAUGUAUUAUUUAUUAAAAAUGGAGUUUCCGCUCCCCUUUGCACCACAAA